AUGGCUCCCACCAGCACAUCAAGGGGAUCCCGACGGAGGCGGCUUCUUUUGAGGCCGUGGCAGAAAGAGGCUCUGCAAGCGUUGUUCCAGCAGAACCGGUACCCUGGCAUCACCACCAGAGAACGACUGGCCCGAGAGCUAGACAUUCCAGAGUCCAGGAUCCAGGUGUGGUUCCAGAACGAGCGCUCGAGACAGCUCGGGCAGAGCCGAUUGGGGUCUGCAAACUCCCAAGGGGAAGGGCCAUCGUGUGGACAGGAACAGCCUCCAGAGGACAGGAGAAAACGGACAGCCAUUUCUCCAUCCCAAACCAGUCUCCUCCUUCAAGCCUUUGAGAAGAACCCAUUUCCUAGCAUUUCUACCAGAGAACAGCUGGCCAGACUCACAGGCCUCCCGGAAUGCCGCAUUCAGGUCUGGUUCCAGAACAGAAGAGCUCGGCACCCAGGGCAGAGCAGAAGUGGCCCCUCGAAUGACCGGGCGGCAAACCAGGAAGGGAAUGCCAGCGGCAACAGGAGCACCCUGGCUUGGUACCCGUGCCCUUCCAAGGCUAUCCCCUGUCUCCAGAUGACAAUCCUUGCCAACCAGUACAGGAGGCAGGGCCCUUGGCACCCAUCUUCUGCAGAAGCCUCAAGUUUCUUAGAGGAGUUUCUAUCAGCCACAGAGAGGGAAGAAGACACACAGCCUUAUCCGAGUGGGCAUCUGUGGCAGGAGGAGCCUCCGGGACCCUUGGAAGCACCCCUCAGUGAGGACGAGUUUCAGGACCUGCUGGCCAUGCUGCACGAUUCCACAUGGCCUCACGCCUAG